CGGAGGAUCCAGAUGGAGGAAGAACCGCGGCAAGUCGGGGAACCCUGAAACAGGUGGGACUCCCAUCGCCUCUCGGCCGGCUUGCGUGAUCAGCGUCUGAGGCGAGGAGGAGGAGGGGCUUCAGCUUGCAGCGGCUGUACGCCUGCGAAGAGCGAAGGGAGCCGGGUCCGGCCUGGAUUGACGCUAUCGAGAUGGUGUUGGCCGUGUGGAGCUUCUUGAAGCGCCACAAAAAGAAAUGCUUCUUCUUGGGCGCCUUCCUGGGCGGAGUAUAUGUGCUUGGCAAAUAUGGGCAGAAAAAAAUGAAAGAAAUUCAAGAAAGAGAAGCGGCAGAAUAUAUAGCACAAGCACGAAGGCAGUAUCAUUUUGAAAGUAACCAGAGGACUUGCAAUAUGACAGUACUUUCAAUGCUUCCAACCCUGAAGGAUGCUUUGAUGUAUCAGUUGAAUUCUGAGAGCCUCACUUCUCUGCUGAAAAACAAACCAUCCAACAAGUUAGAAAUAUGGGAAGAUUUGAAGAUUAUAAGUUUUACAAGAAGCAUUGUAGCUGUGUAUAGCACAUGUAUGCUUGUUGUUCUUCUGCGUGUGCAGUUAAACAUCAUUGGUGGAUACAUCUACUUGGAUAAUGCAGCAGUUUGCAAAAAUGGCACAAUACUUCUAGCUCCCCCUGAAGUCCAACAACAAUAUUUAUCAAGUAUUCAGCACCUUCUAGGAGAUGGUCUGAUUGAAUUAAUUACUGUGGUUAAAAAAGCUGUGCAGAAAAUAUUUGGAAGUAUGUCUCUGAAACACACUCUUUCUCUCUUGGAUUUGGAGCAGAAGCUAAAAGAGAUUAGAACAGUAAUAGAACUGCCUACAGAGGCUACCAAACCUGAAGAAAGUGGACCUCAGUCUCUGCUUUGUCGUUACAUGAUGCCAGAUGAGGAAAACCCUUUAGCUACCCAGGCCUGUGGUCUUACAGAAAAAGAUAUUGCUACUAUUAAACUGCUUAAUGAAACAAGAGACAUGUUGGAAAGUCCAGAUUUUAACAGAGUUUUGAGCUCGUGCUUAAAUAGAGGAUUCAGUCGAUUACUGGACAACAUGGCAGAAUUCUUCAGACCCACUGAACAGGACAUAGGUGACAGUGGCUCUGUGAACAGUCUUUCUAGUGUCAGUCUUCCAUUAGCCAAGAUAAUUCCAAUAAUAAAUGGGCAGAUCCAUUCAGUCUGCAGUGAAACACCUAGUCAUUUUGUUCAGGAUCUGUUAACAAUGGAACAAGUGAAAGACUUUGCUGCUAAUGUGUAUGAAGCCUUCAGUACUCCUCAACAACUAGAGAAAUGAACUGUGCAACAAGAAGAAUACAUGAUAUAUUCUCAGUGUCUGUUCCACAUGAGAGUGUCAUUUAAUAAGGAAUCUCAUGAAUGUAACAAUGGUGAGGACCAUAGACCACAAGACAACAUACAGAAAUACAACUUUUAGUUUUUAUUUUGGAACAGAUGUCAAACCCUGAUUUAAAGUAGUGGAGAAAAAAAAUCAUUGUACUAUAUAAGCCUUUGUACUGAAGCAGUCUUAGUUAUGAAUAACUUGUUUACAGAAAAAUUCAGUGCAAUCAUACAUCCUGAGGGAUGUACCUCUGUUCUUAAAAUUGUGCAGGCUACAACAUAAAUAGAAGCCAGAACUUGCUGUUUUAUUUCUUAAUAGAAUGCAAUUGGGAUAAGAUUUUUUUCCAAUCAUAUCCUAAGACAGUGAGAUCAUUCAACUUGGGGGCAAAGUUUUUCUAUUCAUGGAUUUGCUGAGGCAUAGCUGGAUGGUAAGGAAGGGGGAGAGAAAGAAGGGGAUAACUGUAUCCAGGAACCUGCUUGCAAACUCUGCCUCUCUCCUCUCAAUGGCAGAUGAAUGCUUUAAGUGGCUUCUAGGUGAAGCAUCUCUGAGCACCAAGCAGCUGUUAAACAAGGCCACACUUUCCUGCAUUUCUCCCCCCCCCCCUGCAAGAAAGCUCAUUACUGUGAUGAUCUCUCCUAGAAGGGCUACAAGAAGGCUAUUUUAUCUCCAUCGAUAGAAGUUUCAGUUUCUCUGUGUGGAGGUUCUCUAGCUUGGAGGUUAUGUACAAGAGCAUCUGGUGAGGGCCUACUAAUCUCUAAACAAUGCCAUGCUAAGGAUUUGCUCAAAUGUUUCAGACUUGGGCAUAGUUUGGUUUUAGAAAAUACUGUUUACACUGCUGGCAAACAGCUACUGCUGUAUAUGUUCAUUUGUAAAUAUUUUUAAUUUGUAUUAAUGGAAGCCCUAUAAAAUACCUGUUAACGAAGACUGUGUGCAGUAACUGUCAAAAUGCAAGAGAAUGUCCAUAUGUCAAUUUUGUUCAUACAGUUUUGAUAAAGGAAAAAUA